CGUACGGAUGAUAUUCAAAUUUAUGCCCCAGCUUUUACCUGAAUUUACCACUCUCUUAAAAAAAAAAAUACUAAAAGUACCACUGAUUCCAUGAGACCAGUACCAUGUGAGACCAACUGCCAUUUUGAAUCCAAUGGUGGGGAAUAAUGGGCUCCACCAACACAGAUUCCAAUCCAACUGGAUUCCCAAACUCUCAGUCUCACACGUGAAGCGCGACAUCCCACUUUCGAAAUCUAGCGGUGCACAUUAUAAUACGAGGGACUACACAAGUGGGAACACAUCAAAAUUCCACCACCUUCGCGGUCUCUCCCUUUCCUUUUGCCUCUUAUUCUUCAGUUCCCCUCCUGGACUUCUUCAUGUGACAGCUGACUUAGUGUGCAGUGUGACAGCUGCUUGUCCCAUUAUCCCCCUCACUUUCUCUCUCUCUAUCAGUCUCCCUCACCCCACCCCACCGAGCUCCUGACCAUGGCUGGAACACCAUAGAUGGUUUCUGCUGCUCACCAGAGAGAGAGAGGGAAGGACAAAGAAGGGGGUGGGUGGGGUGUUGGAGCAAAAGAGAGAAUUAGAAGCAGAACCUCAUGAUGACUUCAUCUUCCGUCUCCUUCUCUUCUGUUAUUUUCCUACCACUGCUAUCAAUCUUAGUAGCUGUUACGGCGGGGGUGUCGAUUCCGAUUUCGAUGAAAUCAGAACUGCCAUCUGAUGCUCAAGCUCUUCUGGCCUUCAAAUCGAAGGCUGAUUUGGAAGAAAAGCUCCCCUUCUUGCUUCGUAAGCGCGUGGGUCACUGCCAAUGGCCUGGUGUCAAAUGCGCUCAAGGCAGAGUCGUUCGUCUUGUCCUCGUAGGUUAUGGGAUUGCUGGUUCUUUCGCCCCCAACACCUUGAGUCGUCUCGAUCAGCUUAGAGUACUCAGCCUUCAGAACAACUCCCUUUCAGGCCCCAUUCCCGAUCUCUCCAACCUCACCAACAUCAGGACCCUUUUCCUUGACCACAACUCUUUCUCGGGUUCCUUCCCUCCCUCCAUCCUCUCUCUCCACCGUCUCCGAACCCUCGAUCUCUCCUUCAACAACCUUACCGGAGCUAUUCCCCCUGACUUGACCUCUCUCGACCGGCUCUACUAUCUACGCCUUGAUAACAACCGGUUCUACGGUUCCGUCCCUCCACUGAACCAGUCCUCUCUCCAAAUCUUCAAUGUCUCCUCCAACAACCUCACCGGUGGCAUUCCCGUCACUGUCACACUCUCGCGCUUCCACAACUCCUUUUCAGCUAAUCCCGGGCUCUGCGGCGAGAUCGUGCACCAAGAAUGCCGUCCACAUCUGCCCUUUUUCGGGCCAUCGGCGCUGGGACCGCCGCCUACGGCAGUUGGGCAGAACGAGCAGGUUCAAGGGCUGGUACUGCCUCCGCCAUCACGAGGGGAGCACAAGCGCACGACCGUGGUUGUUGGAUUCUCGAUUGCGAUCUUGGUUCUCGUUGGGUCCCUAAUUUGCUUCGUAGCGGCGGUAAGGAAGCGGUCGAAGCAGAGGGUGUCGACACCGACGAUAGCAUCGGACGCCGCUGCUACGGCCGAUGCAGCUGCCGUGAUGCGGGUGGAAGAAGAGAACGAGCUAGAGGCGAAGGUGAAUAAGAUGCGCGAAAUGCAAGUUGGUAAGAGCGGAUGCUUGGUGUUCUGUGCAGGGGAGCCACAUUCCUAUACUCUGGAGCAGCUGAUGAGGGCUUCAGCAGAGAUGCUUGGCAGGGGAACGAUUGGGACAACUUACAAAGCCAUGCUUGAUAACCAGCUGAUUGUGAGUGUCAAGCGAUUGGACUCAGCGAAGACCGCGAUUACGAGCUUAGAGACGUUCGAGCAGCACAUGGAAUCGGUCGGCGGGCUUCGCCACCCUAAUCUGGUCCCGCUCAGGGCUUAUUUCCAGGCCAAGGAAGAGAGACUCCUCAUCCAUGAUUACCAACCCAACGGCAGCCUCUUCUCCCUCAUCCACGGUUCGAGAUCGACAAGGGCGAAGCCACUGCACUGGACGUCGUGCUUGAAGAUAGCAGAGGACGUGGCACAGGGACUGGCAUACAUACACCAGGCAUCCAGGCUAGUCCAUGGCAACCUCAAGUCUUCCAACGUUCUUCUCGGCCCCGACUUCGAGGCGUGCCUAACCGAUUACUGCCUCGCCGUGCUUGGAGACGACGACGUCGACUCCACCGGAUACAGGGCUCCCGAGACCCGCAAGUCAACUCGAGGGGCCACACCAAAAUCCGAUGUCUACGCCUUCGGGGUUCUCUUGCUGGAGCUUCUCACGGGAAAACCUCCGUCUCAACAUCCCUCGCUGAUGCCGACGGAGCUUCAAAUAUGGGUGGCGUCGACGAGGGAUGAAGACGGUGAGGAAGAGAACCGACUGGCUAUGCUUACUGAGCUUGCUGCCACUUGUAUUCUGACUUCACCAGAACAGAGGCCCACUAUGUGGCAAGUGUUGAAGAUGAUUCAGGAAAUAAAGGAAACAGUUAUGGUGGAAGACAAUAACGAACUUCAACUGGGCUUUUCUUAAUCAACGUUGAUGGAUGAUCAUCUAUGCUUUCUUGAGAGUUAGAAACAGUACUGGAGAACGCAACCAAGGUAAUGGUGACUUACCGAAUCUGGUCUUGGAAUGGUGAUGAAGUAAGCAGAAUUCGACGGAUCCAUUCAACAAAUCGAGUUAACUCAGAAGUCAGACUGGGAUACAUGUAAAAAUGCAGAGAAAAUGGAGCUGAUCAGGUGGUAUACUUAACUGGUGGAUUGUUGGAAAAGUUCGUAUGAGAUUCUGAAUUGAUUCAAUACAUUGUGAUCAUAAAAUUAAGUUUGGCUUUGACGUUUGGUAGGAUCAUUGGUCUCCCAUCUGUCAAAACCCUUUGAAAAGAAAAGAAAAAUUGAAUCAAUCAGAUCAUCCUUCCAUUGAGUGAUUUAGAGAAGCUUAGUGCCCAAAAAAAAAUUUUGAGAGAAGCUCUCUUUAUGGGAAACUUCAACUCUUGAAUAUCUUGGUAAUGGUUUGGUCUGGUCUAAUCUUCAGUUAAAUUUCAAGCUUGAAGGGUUAUAGAUCUUCUAAGUAUUAGAAUUUGGCAAGCA